AUGCCGCCUUCACCUCCACCGCCACCUCCACCUCCACCUCGACAGCUGUCCAAAUCCUUGAGAUCGACGAGCACAGUACCCCCACCUCCUCCAAUGCCUUCUGGAGCCUUUGAGCCCAUAGACAAAGCACACUACUGGCAGUUCCUCAAAGACACGAAAACAAACAUGCCUGGUGAACCCUUCCAACCCUUCCACAUGUUCUUCUACGGUUCACUCAUGGAUCCUGAGGUCCUUCAAGCAAUUCUCGAUCUCCCGGAACUCCCGACUACAAGGCCUGCUACCAUUUCUGGUUUCAGUAUCAAGAUGUGGGGCAUAUACCCAACACUAAUACCCUGCUACUCUGGCAGCGUGACUGGUACUUUGUGGAAGGUGACCUCGGAAGCCCAGUUCGACCGUUUGGCGGCUUACGAGACUGCCGCUUAUAGAUGGGAUAAGUGCAAUGCAGUUUUGGAAGGUGGUAAGGUCCUCGAAAAUUGUCGUACAUUCUGCUGGGCGGGCGAACCUGACAGUAAGGAACUUGAAGACGGUAGUUUCGAUCUGGAACGUUAUCAGAAGUACUUCAAGCCUUCUGUUACUAGGCGGCGGUCGCUAGUACCGUAA